AUGCAGGAUGUCAAGAAGCACGCACAGAGAAGGAAGUUGUUUGCCAGGCCUUUUUCAAAAACUGCAAUUCGAGGUUCUUGGGAGCCCGUUGUCAAGGAGAAGGUUCAGUUAGCGGUAUCGCAGAUCCAAAAUGAGCUGGAGACGACUGGUAUCUGCGAUAUUCUGAAAUGGUCAACCUUUCUGGCUACAGACGUUAGUGGUCAUUUGAUGUUCGGGGAGUCUUUCAACAUGCUUGGGGUUGGACAGGUAUACUUACCUCUGUCUGUCUAUGCCAACGCUACAAUACUAACCGAUAACCAGAAAAACGAAUAUAUCCGAAUCCUCGAGUCGGCCAUGAAAGGAAGUGGAAUCGGCUCGGAGAUCCCUCUGCUCAGGAUGAUUGGUCCAUACAUCCCACUCCAGUCAUUCCGCGAGAUGUUCAGGACCGAUGAGUAUUUGCUCAAGUACAGCCAGAGAGCAGUGACGAAUAGCCGAAAGAACAGCGAGUCUUGCCGGAAUAUUUUCUCGGGCUUAGUAUACGAGACAGAGAGAGACCGCUCGGUGCUGAGUGAUAUGGAAGUUGCCAUAGAAGCAGGGAACCUUAUUGUUGCUGGAUCGGACACAACGGCUGUUACUCUGACCUAUCUCAUCUGGGUCGUUUUGUCCCACCCGUCACUACGACUUCAGAUUGAAGAAGAGCUAAUCUCCUUGGGAGGUGACUACGAUGAAGCGGACCUUGAGUCACUCCCUGUACUUAACGCCACCAUCACGGAGACUCUCAGGCUAUACGGUGCGGCUCCUGGAUCUCUACCACGAACAGUACCAGAGGGCGGCGUGACCUUAUCGGGCUAUUACAUCCCUGCUGGCACCACAGUGAGUACCCAGAGCUACACCAUUCAUAGAGACCCCACUCUGUUCCCCAAUCCAGAGAGAUUUGAUCCCGCACGCUGGCUACCGGGGGACAGUGAAGCCUCCGAGAAAGCACGAAUGGCAUUAUCUCCGUUUGGUGCCGGAUCUAGAACUUGCUUGGGGAUUCAUCUCUCUUUGAUGGAGCUGCGCCUGGGAGCAGCCGAGUUUUUUAGGAGAUGUGGAAAUGUACGACUGGCUCCGAGUGUUAGUGACAAGAGUAUGAGGCCUGAGCACUACUUCUUGAUUGCUCCCUCGGCUCAUAAGUGCGAGGUGAUGGUGGGUGCUCCCCGUAAAGAGUGA